CAUUUCCAUCCACACAAGAAGACAUACCUCAUGGAUUUGUACUUUGUUGGAUAUCUACAUCUUCUAUGCUUGUGGUUGUCCAGCUCUCGGGUGCUCGGAGGCUAUCCCAUCUGGUGGUCCCUAGCUCUGGGGCAGCAGUACUCAUCUCUGGGCUCCCAGCCCAUCCUGUGCGGCUCCAUCCCUGGCUUAGUGCCCAAGCAGCUGCGCUUCUGCCGCAACUACAUUGAGAUCAUGCCCAGCGUUGCCGAAGGGGUCAAACUGGGCAUCCAAGAGUGCCAGCACCAGUUCCGCGGUCGCAGAUGGAACUGCACCACCAUAAAGGACAACCUAGCCAUCUUCGGUCCUGUGCUGGACAAAGCCACUAGAGAGUCUGCAUUUGUCCAUGCAAUCGCCUCCGCUGGUGUGGCAUUUGCAGUGACACGGUCCUGUGCAGAAGGAACCUCUACCAUGUGUGGCUGUGAUUCCCAUCACAAAGGGCCACCAGGUGAGGGCUGGAAAUGGGGCGGCUGUAGUGAAGACGCCGAAUUCGGGGUGCUUGUAUCCCGGGAGUUUGCGGAUGCUAGAGAAAACCGUCCAGACGCACGUUCCGCCAUGAACCGGCACAACAACGAAGCUGGACGAAUGACCAUCCUGGAGAACAUGCACCUGCGCUGUAAGUGCCAUGGCUUGUCAGGGAGCUGUGAGGUGAAGACAUGCUGGUGGGCGCAGCCUGACUUCCGCUUGCUUGGUGACUACCUUAAGGACAAGUACGACAGCGCGUCUGAGAUGGUGGUGGAAAAACACCGGGAGUCCCGGGGCUGGGUGGAGACACUGCGAGCCAAGUACGCCUUCUUCAAGCACCCCACUGAGAGAGACCUGGUCUACUAUGAGGGCUCACCUAACUUCUGUGAGCCGAACCCAGAGACAGGCUCGUUCGGCACACGCGACCGCACCUGCAACGUGUCGUCUCACGGCAUCGAGGGCUGCGAUCUUCUCUGCUGCGGCCGCGGGCACAACACGCGGACUGAAAAGCGCAAAGAAAAGUGCCAUUGUAUCUUCCACUGGUGUUGCUAUGUCAGCUGCCAGGAGUGCGUACGUGUUUAUGACGUACACACAUGCAAAUGAGGAGGGUGAAAAGUGCAGGGGUGCCAAGGAAAGGACUAUAGACUGAAAGAGAUAGGACUGAGUAGCCUAUGCGUGUACACAUGCACACACACACAUACACACACAUACACACACAUGCUCACAAGAUUGUAUUGAUUACAAAACAUACACUGUGGGUAGUGGCACUUCGGUACCUGAACUUUUAAUAUCAUUUAUUUACAGUCGAUUUUCAUUUCUGGGAAAAUUAGCUACCAGGUGAUUAUCACUUUCAGUCCUGAUGCAUUACCUUUUUUAUUUAUUUCACAUGUGGCAUGUAAAAAGAGUGUAGCACAUGAUUACCUAAACGUUCAAUGUCUACCGGUAUGACUCACUCUAGCUCUCUGAUCACCUUUCCUGAACGCCUGGUGGCUGAAACCGUACCUGCCCAACACACUCUCACACUACACAGACAUGAACAGAGCUGGAGGGGGCUGGUGAGAGAAGAAAAGGGGAAGGAGGGAGCAUGCUUACUUAACUACUGAUCAUUCUGAGCCUGAAGUAUAUCUGAAGGCUUGGGUCUUUAAGCCCGAACAGACUACUGAUACUCACGUAAUCCUCAUGCUUUUUCCUAACGCCUUCAAUGAUCCUACACAGGUGUAGCAGUUAAAGGAACGGUCCAGUGUUUUUCAAUGUAAUGUUUAUAUAUUGCAUCUGUGGCUACCUGUAAUUACCACUGGGUAGAACUUUUCCUCCAUAUUUCUUCAUACACAAAAAAGUUCAGAAAACUUGCAUGUAAUACAAGAGCUGCUGUUGAAUUUUAUAAGUCAGUGCUUAAAUCACAUGACUAAAUGUUGUUAGGUUCACCUACAGUAACAACUGUUCCUGUCGAGACGUCGCAACUUGUGACAGGUUUUACACCAGAUGCCCAUCCUGACACAAUUCUCCCAUUUUAUCGGGGCUUGGGACCGGCACUGCAUUCAGUGCCUGGGGUUUGGGCAUUGGGCAGGAAUCAAACCCGGGCCUUCUGCAUGGUAGGCAUGAAACCUACCCCU